AUGGCUCAAUGUGGAUUACGGCGUUUGUCCACUCCUAAACCUACUGGCUUGCAGUUAAAUGAAGGCUCUCCCAUGUCCCUUCCUUCUGAUGACCUGGUUUCACCAAAAGUUGCAGCGCUUGUGGAUGAGAUAGCCAAUCUAAGCUUGCUUGAAGUAGCAGAUUUAAACCGAGCAUUGAAAAAGCGUCUAAAUAUUGCUGAUCAGCCAAUGAUGCCUGCUGGUAUGAUGAUGGCCGCUCACUCGGCUAAUGCUGUUUCCACAGAAGCAGAACGCGAUUCCUCUUCCGAUGUUCCUCAAAAGAUAACGUACUCCGUUAAGUUGACGAAGUUUGAUGAUUCUAAAAAGAUAGCACUUAUCAAAGAAAUCCGAUCAACCAUCCCUGGUCUCAACCUUGUUCAGGCGAAAAAGUUUGUGGAAUCAGCACCAGUAGUCGUUAGAGAAGACAUGGGAAAAGCUGAAGCCGAAGAAAUGAAGGCAACUCUUGAGAAUGCUGGCGCCACAAUAGAAAUUGUAUGA